AUGCGCACCCUGGGCGGCUUCGCGGGCCUCAGCUGCACGGCACCCGACUUGACGGACGCCAUAAGCGCUAGAAGGGCCGAAGAAGAUCUGGGGAAGAUACCGAACAAGAAGGUCAGUGGGGCGAAAACAAAGUACACAAUCCCGUGCCUAAUCGUGGACGCUGCUAGAAGCCACCGUGCGUGCCUAUACGAGCUUACAAGUAUGCAAAGCUCCCGGGCUUUUUCGUCUGCGUCUGCACUUUGCCAUUGUACCAUGGGCAUGCGCUUGCUCAAAGGGGACAUUCGCUUGCAGCCUCCAUCCGUCUUCGUAUUCACCGGUAGAUCGGCGUUUGGCUCCGCACCUCGAGCCUUCGACUCGUUCAACAGCUCUUCAACAUUAGCCGAUAAACACGUCGUGCAACCGAUGCUCCACAGCUUCCGAUCGCAUCUUGGUUUUAAAGAUCGAUUUCAGCCAUGGCUUCAAGCUUUGUGGGGGAGGUAUGCUGAUGCGCACGUGCAGCAUGACCUCACGAGCCCGAGCAGACGGCUUUCCUUGCUGCCGACGAACCCUGUAUGGUGCGGCUAA